AGGGCGAUACUAGCUUAGCUUACGACUGUAGAUAGUGGAUAUAGUGCUUCUCUACGUCGCUGCUAUCUUCUCAGUGCUGCGCAAACCCUAGUAUUGCUCUCAUUCGCUCUUCUCCUGGAGAAAAGAAGUCAAAUAGAAAAAGACAGUUACAGGAAGAAGACAUUAUAGAACUGGACAGUACAUUUCCCCAAUUUCCCUCCUAUUUCUCGAAGGCUGGAUACCUUUUCGAGGUCAUUCCUGUGAAUCAUUCAUGGGUCUUCCAUUAACAAAAUUGAAGCGGAGUUAACAAGAGGUUUGAUGAUAGCUGCGGGUAGCCCCUUGCUUUCGCUUCGGUAUCUUUCCAAGCUCCCUUAUCCUCCAUUUGCAUUAUCAGCAUCUGCUUCGACGCUUGAGAUGGAGAUGGGAUCAUCAGUGCCUUCAAUUAUGGUGUUGUGUGGGAAGUCUGAUGUCGAGAAUGAACUUGCCAAAGCACUGAAGAAGAACAAUGCUCUGAAGCUCCUUGGAGACGAAUUCAAAGUUGUUCUGCAUUCGGAGGUAGACAAUAGAUUCAGAAAUGAUGCAUUUAAUGUAGACCAUUACUUUAACUCUCUCUCCACAACAACUGGACUCGGGAGAUUCGUCAUUUACUCUCCCAGAAUUUCUUCCACACAGGAUUUCAUUUCAAGCAAUAUCUGUGAGUUGCCACUUGGUGCAGUGUGUGUUGCUGAUGUGCAAUUCAAGGGGCGAGGGCGUUCAAUGAAUGUGUGGGAAUCCCCAAAGGGUUCCCUUCUUUUUUCAUUUACCUUACAAAUGGUGGAUGGACGAAUGGUGCCACAUGUGCAGUAUGUGGUCAGUCUUGCUAUGGCAGAUGCCAUUAAUGAUCUCUGCAAGCAAUAUGACGCCUCACAUCUUGUUGUAAGAAUAAAGUGGCCAAAUGAUCUUUAUUUAGAUGGUCUUAAGAUUGGUGGCAUUCUGUGCUCUUCAACAUACAAGUCCCAGAAGUUUAAUGUCAGUGCUGGAAUAGGCAUAAAUGUCGAUAAUGAGAGACCCACUACAUGCUUGAAUGCUGUUCUACAGAAAUCAACAUCUGCUCCAAAUUUAUUAAAAAGAGAAGACAUUCUUGCAGCAUUUUUCAAUAAAUUUGAGACUUUAAACGAGGUUUUCCUAAAACAAGGAUUUCAUCCCCUUGAGGAGUUGUAUUAUAAGACUUGGCUCCACAGUGGGCAGCGAGUUAUUAUACAGGAGAUUAUCGAGAACCAGAAUGAGUUUGUAGAGAAUGUAGUCACUAUUCAGGGCUUAUCACCAACAGGUUACUUAUUAGCCAUAACUGAUGAUGGUCAAACAUGGGAACUUCAUCCAGAUGGUAACAGCUUAGACUUCUUCAAGGGACUUGUGAAAAGGAAACUCGGCUGAUAAAGAACUAAAUAUCCUUCAGCACCAUUCACAGUUAAGCUGAGUCCAAAGGGGAGCCUUGGUGCACAAGUUGAGUGCCCUCAAAGCAGUCUCUUACAAAAAAUGCCGAGUAAAGUUUUGCUUAUAUUCCACCCUUGUGGUGAACUAAGGACGAGCCCUAUACGCCAAAUUCUCCUUUUUAUUAAAGUGCUUUCACAAUCGAAUUAACUUUUUAUUAGAAUGCUGUCAUAAUCGAAUCAAAUUUUGUCAUGACAUAUAAACAUUCAAAUCAAGU